ACCAGGGAGUGACAUGUAACAACAAUAAGCACUUUACUUAACUUCCCUUUGUUCUGUCUCUCGUUUAACGUUAGCUCCAUGUGUUGUGAAAACGAGCACGUAAAUGUAACCGUGUGCUUUACAAACUGUUGGACUGAGUCUGAGCUGUCGUGUAGCUGGCGUCAUUGUUUGAUAGUUUAGUGAAAAGGCAGUUUCAAAAUGCGGAAUGAUUCCCUGCUCUCAAGCAUCAAUGUGGUGCUUGUAAUGGCCUACGGAAGUCUGGUGUUUGUUUUACUGUUCAUUUUUGUCAAAAGACAAAUCAUGCGGUUUGCUAUGAAGUCUCGGAGAGGACCACAUGUUCCCCUAGGUCACAAUGCACCUAAAGAGUUGAGACAAGAAAUUGAAGCCAGACUGUGCCAGGUCCAGAAAAUCCACUUUGAGCCUCGCCUGCUGUCCCUAGAUGAUGACCGGCUAAAGCAGAGAGAACAGACUGAUUCCUAUGACUACCUGUACAGGAUGAGAGCACUGGAUGCCAUUAGAGACACUGAUCUCCCCUUCCGUGAACUGGGUGGGACGUCCACUGCUGUGACGGGAAAAAGAUUUCGGACCUGGCUUCUGCAGCUACGAAAUUCCCACUGCAUGUUCCGAGACAGCCAGAGCUCCCUUGUUGACACAGUGCUGGAUGGGUACAAUAAAGCCCGCCACGGGGCAGAGGCUUUUGGUGAAGCAGAGUUUAUAAAAUACCAGGAAGCUCUAACUGAACUGGCCUCUGUUGUGAAGUCUCACAGCAGUAGCAGCAGCACUCCGAGCCAGCACCACCAGUCUGCAGCCAAAGACCUGACCAGUACCACAGAUCCUGCGAGCUCCUGCUCCUCCCCCACCCAAACCACCUACCUCAUAUCCACAAUGCAGCAGCGCAGCAAGAGGCCCAGACACUUCCUGGAGCUGAAGAACUUCAAAGACAACUACAACACUCUGGACAGCACGCUCUGAAAAUCUAUGACGUCCAUCCAAAGGAAAGGUUAAGAACAAGGUAGUGCUGCCAGUGAUUAAAGUGCCUGUGGACGGCGACAGGAUCACUGUCGCCAGACAGUAUUAGGGUGAAGUGACAAAUACACUGCCUUCACACACUAACACACAUUGCCUGUUUACAGUAUAGUGCAUAUCAGACUACUGGCACAGUGCUCUUUACCUAAGUGUAGCUUAAAUGUAUAUCCUGUAUUACUGCAUGUAUGAGUGCUAUAUGUGGGUAGAAAAAUGACUAUAGUAAAUGACUAUAGUAAGUAUGGUUGAUUUGACCAAAACAAAACCAGAGCUAUGUGGCUAUGCAAUAGCAUCAGACAAUCAGUAUUUAUUGAACAAUGUAAAGGCCUAUGCACACUUGUUUAAAUUAUCCAACUGUUUGUACACAUGCUGAUAGUUACUGUUGUUAUUACUAGUGUUAAUGGUUGCUUUACACUGAGAAAAACACACUGUUAAUGUCACUUCUGUUUACAUCUAUGUAUGUCUCUACUGCUCGUAUGUUACUGUGAAUCCAACAGUCUUUUUGUUUUAAGCCUUAAAUGUUUCUUUUACAGAAGCCAUUGAAUAAAUCAAUUUGAUUUGAAGCCAUACUUGGAUUUGAUUAAUUUUGCUGUUAAGUGCUCUUUUAACUUAAUGAUUACUCUCAGUGCAAUGUAAUUUAACAGUAAUAAAGUAUUAUGUGAGAUUCAAAUUAAAUUUGCAGUCGAAUAUUAUUUUUAUUAUUUACAUUAUUAUGUUUGCCUGUGUUUCUACUUUUGGUGUUGCAAUUAUAUUUGUCUAUGUGUCACUGUUAUAAAUACUCAGUGUGUUAGUAGCCUAUAGAUUGCCGACACUUAAGGACACUUUGUGGCAGUAUAGAGCUUCGUAUCAGAGUUGUGGCAGUUAGAAGCCUCUGUAAAAAAAGAAAAAAAGAAAAAAGUGUGGCAGAGUGGAGCCGCACAGUUUUUCCAACUGUGUUGUGGACUAACCUGUGGACUUUUAGAGCCGCAUUUUUCAGUAUAACUGUUCUAUUUUCAACUUCAUUGUGA